GAGUCCGAUUGACUUUGAAAGGCUUCGGAUCCUAAUCCGAAUGAAAAAAUGCCUUGAAAUUCAGUUGUCUAGGUUUCCCUAGUCAGUCGUUUCCUCUCCAGAAGAUAAAUUUAUUUUUUGAUUCUCCUUCUGAAACUGAGAAUGAGCACGUUUACCAACGGAGACUACGACGACAACGACUUCGACGACGAGGACCUUCUAUCCCUCCUUUCAGAACAGCGGCGAGAACUAAUGGCUGCCCAAUCCCUAGAAACCGACCUGGACUUUGCCUUCCGACUUCAACUCCAAGAAGCCAUAAACGCCUCCAUACCUGUCCUCCCUUCCACGUCCGCCUCCACAUCCGCCUCCACCUCUACCUCAACUGCGUCGCCUCCGAUUGGCAAAGUCGAAAUUACUGCACCUCUAUCCACUCUAGAAUUUGAAGAAAUCUCAAAAUUAGAGCAAAAGCUAGAAGAUCGCAGACAAUCAGAACUCGAAUCGCGCAGGAUCAGAAAAGAUCUCGACCGUCGAAUCCAUGACCAGAAAGUAGCUCGAGAGAUUCUGGAAAUACCAGAGGAAGAGUGGCUAGACUGGGGAGAUGAUUUCGUAAAAGAAGAAGACGAAGAAGAUUCUGAAUCAGUAGUAUUCAAGCUGUAUUUCAAGGGUUUGGUUAGUGAAGAAAAAGGGAAUAAAGUUCUUGGUGGAAUUGGAAUUGCGAUUUGUGACCCGGUGAAUAAUUUGGUUUUUGAAAUAAGCAAGCCACUGAUUGGGAAUGGAAGGAGCAAGAAUGCGGCCGAAGCUAAGGCUUUGAUCGAAGGCCUUAAUGCUGCUCUUGCUUUGGACCUGAAGAGAAUUGCUGUGUAUUGCCAUUGUUUUCCGCUUUAUAAUUUUAUUACUGGGAGAUGGUUUGCGAAGCAGAGGAAGGUUGCUGUGUUAAUCAAUCAGUUAGCUCUUCUUCGAAGGAAGUUUGUCUAUUGUAACCCUGUUCUUGUGCCACGGAAUGAUAUUGAAUAUGCGUUUAGAUUUGCUAGAGAGGCUAUAAUUUCGCAGAUCACGAUGCAGCCAGCAGAAUCCACCCACGAGAGGGUUGCCAUUAUUGAGGCUUGUGUUAUUUGUCUUGAAGAUACUGAUGUUGAACAUAUCUUUUCGGUUGAUGAAUGCCAGCAUAGGUACUGUUUUUCUUGUAUGAAACAGCAUGUGGAGGUUAAAUUGCUCCAUGGAAUGAUGCCGAAAUGCCCUCACGAAGGAUGUGAGUCCUUGCUUAAUGUUGAAAGUUGUAGGAAAUUCUUGACACCUAAAUUAAUUGAGAUGAUGUGCCUCCGUAUAAAGGAAGCUUCGAUCCCAGUUUCGGAGAAAAUCUACUGCCCGUAUCCUAAAUGCUCUGCAUUGAUGUCGAAAACUGAGGUUUUUGAAUAUGCUAAAAGUGCAGUUGCUGCUGGUUUGCAAUGUGUUGGUGCAAGGAAAUGUUCGAAAUGCCAUGGUCUUUUUUGUAUUAAUUGCAAGGUCCCAUGGCAUAAUAACAUGACAUGUUCUAGUUACAAAAGGAUGAAUCCCAACAACCCUGCAGAAGAUGUCAAACUGAAAUCUCUUGCAACAAGGAACCUAUGGCGCCAAUGUGUGAAGUGCAACCAUAUGAUUGAACUUGCUGAAGGUUGUUACCACAUGACUUGCAGAUGUGGCUAUGAGUUUUGCUAUAAUUGUGGAGCUGAGUGGAAGGACAAGAAAGCAACAUGUUCUUGUCCACUCUGGGAUGAGGAUAAUAUCUUGUAUGCUGAAAAUGAUACAGACUUUGAUGAGGAUGAGGAUGAGGACGAGGAUGAUUACUAUGACUCCGAAUCUGACGGUUAUUCUAUUUAGAUGUAAACACUGCAUAUCCUCCCACUUUUUCUUUUUCUUUUUUCAUUUUUGUUUUAGAGCAAGUCUAUCAAUGUGUGCAGAUGCUGUUAAAAAGAUCCCUCAGUCUUGAGAUCUGACUGGACCAUUGCAGUUCUUUUCCAAGUUUUCUUAAUACCAUCAAUACCUCUAAAUUCUCCCAUA